GUUCACUAUGCGAGUACGGUAGGAGAAAAAAAUUGAAUCUGGAAGAAUCUCCUCCCAUUUUACGGCCAAGACGAUGUCGGGUAAGCGUCUACUCGACACAAUCCAAUUCCUGAACGUCGCAAAGUCCAUUGCGGCUAAGCACCUUGCUCUGCGUCAGAGACAGCUCGAUGUGUUUACCAGGACAUCUUCCCUGACGAAGGGAAUAAAGAACCAAGCAGAUGGCCUGAUACUCACAGCCAAAGCUGCUGCUGCGCUUGCCAAACGAUUCGAAGACCCGAGCCCUUCCCCGUCCACGCAGAAUGCUACCAGCACAGCCGAACCCUCCCGUUCGACGCAACCAAAAUCGCACACCGAGUCCAAAAUACCUUCGUCUGUAGCAGGUGUUAGUGGGGAUACAGGGAACGACAAGUUAAAUGUUAGUCUGCAGCAGGAGGUUUUCUACCAGCCCUCCAAGGAUGUGGCUGCGGAUCCCGGGAGUUUACCUCGCAUAAAGAUACCGGAAGUUACGAGCGAUGCGCAAAGCCAGCUGGAUAAGGGGAUCAAUGCGGAUUUCUACAAUUCGCCUGUGAAUGCACAAGAGUCAAGCUCGGCGGCACAGUCUGUAACAGAGCAGCCGGAACUUCCCGAGGAGAUGAUGAAGGAUAUAUUCCAUAGCCCCCGAGUCGCUAGGGUACUCUCUCGACAGGCAGCAGCGGAGCAGAGAUUCCGUCCGCAGGAAAUACUCAAGGGAGCGUCUAGUCAGACUGGAAAUCAAGAUGUCGAGCCCGUCGGCUCGACACUUGCAGAGGAGGUCGUCCCCGCCUCAAAGAUAGAUUCAGAUAUUGCAACCGACCUCAAGCAGGCGGAAGGCACUUAUAAGAUGGUAGAGUCCCGUGUGCCGUCUUCACGUCUAGGCAGAUUAUGGCAAUACGGAGGGCUUGCCACAUCAAUGGCUUUCGGUGCCGUUAGUGAGAGUCUACGAAGGGUAGCAGGAAGCGCAGAAGAUGCUGCUGGGUCUAUUAUGUUCAGUCCUGGGAACACAGAGCGACUUGUUGCUAAGCUCUCCAAGAUGCGUGGCGCUGCUUUGAAGCUAGGUCAGAUGAUGAGCAUCCAAGACUCAAAAAUGCUCCCGGAACCAAUGCAACAGAUUCUCCAGAGAGUCCAAGACCGGGCCGACUACAUGCCUGCUUCUCAGCGGGACAAAGUUCUAGCAGACAACCUAGGCCCUAACUGGCGUGACCUCUUUUUAUCCUUCGAAGAGAUUCCCAUCGCAGCUGCUUCCAUCGGUCAAGUCCACGGCGCAGUCCUCAAGCGCACAGGACAGCCUGUCGCCGUCAAAGUUCAAUACCCAGGUGUUGCAGAUUCGAUCGACUCCGACCUCAACAACCUCUCCGUCCUCCUAACCGCGUCCCGCCUCCUCCCCCGGGGCCUGUACCUCGAUAAAACCAUCGCAAACGCACGCAUAGAACUCGGCUGGGAAUGCGAUUACACCCGCGAAGCCGAAUGCAGCAACCGCUUCAAACAACUCCUCCAAGACGACCCAGUCUUCCUCGUCCCAGAAAUCAUCCCCGAAGCCUCAGGCAAGAACGUUCUCACCAUGGAGCGCCUCAACGGCGUCGCCGUCACCAAAAUCCAAAACAUCACCCAAGCCCAACGCGACUGGAUCGGAACCCAGAUCCUCCGUCUCUGUCUGCGCGAAAUCGUCGAGUUCAAGUACAUGCAGACCGACCCCAACUGGACCAACUUCCUCUACAACACUGCAACGAACAGACUGGAGCUGCUUGACUUCGGCGCUUCAAGGGAGUUCCCGGCCGACUUUAUCUCAAAGUACGUGCGGACUCUCCGUGCGGCGUCCCACGGCGACAGGGAGACCUGCCACAAGCUCUCGAUCGAACUGGGCUACCUCACAGGCCAUGAGUCCCCCGCAAUGGUUGAAGCCCACGUCACUUCGAUUCUCACCCUAGCUGAGCCGUUUGUGAAUUCCUCGCCGGACGUGUAUGAUUUCAAGGACCAAACGAUUACAGACCGUGUGCGGGACUUGAUCCCCGUCAUGAUUCGCGAGAGACUAGCCCCGCCUCCGGAGGAGACUUAUAGUUUGCACCGCAAGCUUAGUGGAGCUUUCCUGCUGUGUGCUAGACUAGGCAGUCGGGUGCGUUGUAAGGAGUUGUUUGCAGAUGCUAUGAAGAAAGCGGAUGAGAAUCACCUCUAGGUAGGUAAACCUUUGAUUUAACCGCCCCCCCCCCCCCAAAAAACGAGUUAAAGAAC